AUGCCCUGCGCGGAGCCGGCGACACGCCAGGCGGACCUGACAAGCCAGGUGGACCUGAUCCUGGUGUACAGCAAGGACAUUGGCACGAACCCACAGGCCAGAACCGCAGUUGAAGCAUACGAAGCCAGCUUUGCCCAGGGCCAGACCUGGACCGGAUGCUUUGCAGGCAUCAAGCACAUGUCUGCAGGGCUCAUGGCGGCGGAGGAUCAGUACGAUGAGCACGGGUAUGCCAUGAACAAGCACUGGGUGACAGGCCCCAACAUGGUCUUCAUGCGCAGCAUGGAAGCCUUCUAUACCGGUGCGUUCGUGGGCGAGUACAGCAACAUCUUUUGGAUGGAAGUAGAUGCCGUACCAGUGAUGUCUGGCUGGCUGGACAAGUUUGAGGAGGAGGCUGCAGAGAUGUCUGCAAAGAACAUGGCCAUCCGCGGGAGCCUCUACUCCGGGUCGAAUUGGCAACCCUUCUCCUAUAUGAUGCCGACCUACAUCCUGAACCAUAUCAACGGCAAUGCCAUCUACAACCUGGAGCAUGAGUGGUCGAAGUUCCUUUUCAACCUCAUCAAAGCCCCGGAAAACAGCCAGGUGAUGGAGGAGAUGGCUUUUGACACAGCCUACUCCGCGAUCAGCGAGGCCGCGAUGACAGGCUCCAACACCAUGCUGGCCGAGGCCUGGGCAGCUCGGAACGGCAGCCCCACGACGUACAGCUCAGAGACCCAGCUUGUGCGGAACUAUGCCAACACCUUGCUCAACAAGAGCCAUGAUGUUGGUGCCUACAUUCGCCACGGCUCCAUCAGCAACAUCUUCGACAGCCUCUCUGGUGCGGAAGUCACCUUAGGGGUUGCUGCUCUCAGCCAACAGAAUGACCAUUUCAUGAGCAGCAUCGGGACGAACCACCCCUUCAAGAAUAUCCUGCUGCUCACUUACGACUCGACCGAUGUAGAGACGCAGACCAUCCCGGCCCCCGGCGGGGACGUGACGCUGAGCGUUGAAGCGUCUGAGCAGAGCCCCAUGAUGGGUCUCUGUGAGGUGGCAGCGAAAGUAAAGACACCGUGGUUUGCGGUCACCACGAAUUACCACAUCAUCAAUGCCCCCGUCAGUGUGCUGAUGCACAUGGGCCAGCCGGUGUUGCCGUACCUUCUGGCCAGCUCCUCCUACUGCAUGGACCGUCCUGACUGCAAGGCAUCUCUGGAGCAGGCUGAAGAGCUCUUUGGUAUCAAGCUGAACUACCACCACGAUGUCACCGAGGUCCUCUUCAACACGACGGAAACCGAGUCCUUCUGCGCAGCCUGGACCCUGGCUGCCGGCGACAAGUCGCUGGAAGACUGCCAGCUGGUCUCGGGUCCAUCGGCAGACGACUUCAUGGCCUGGAAACUCAGCUUGGGCAUGAGCAUCACCGGAACAGCCAGGGAGAGGACGCGCUACGGUUGGAGGUCUUGGACCACCUUGUGGGAGCCACUUCCAGUGGACACACGAAAUUGCAGUGUAUACGGCUUCGAGGAGUAUGCCGACACGUUGGCCUACAUCUCCAAUUGCAGCCUCAACGUGGAGAAUGCCUCUGCCUGCAACGCAAAUGGCGCUUGCAGGUGGGAGCCCAUGUUCGAGACAGGAGUGUGUCUGCCGGAUAGACCCGGCCUGAGCACAACUGUGAACAUCACAGUACCUAGGCCGACGGGAGAACUUUUACCUUUCUCGGCUUCCCUUUUCCUUAACGGUUGA